AUGUUGUCAAUGCAUAGUUCCCCGUUCUUCACCCAUGUGGAUUUGAAUGACUCUGAGGCUCGGGAGGGCUGUGAUGCCCGACCGGAGAUGUCCGCCAUUCCUCUAUCAGGGAUUCGUGGCUCUCUCAUCCGAGCAAGCACAUCCAGUGCGAGCACUGGAGUCAGCACUGACGAUGCGUCGACUGAUUCGCCCGAUUGGAAUGGCGAGGAAUCGCCAUCGAUCGAUCGAGACCAAGAGCAAAUGAAAGAUUACUCGCAAUUCGAUUCGACUGCACAGUUUCUAGAGGACAUCAUGGAAAUCCCCAAGGUGGAAGAACUCGACGACGACCUGUUGAGCAUCAAGCCGGUGGAUGUGGAGUCGGGCGCUCCCGCUGCCGUCCCACGGAAACGUGGUCGUCCACGCAAACACCCGCUGCCGGUCCCUGGAGGUCAGGCCAAGGUCACCAAAGGUCGCUCCAAGACUGGUUGUAUAACCUGUCGUCGCAGGAAGAAGAAGUGUGACGAGACAAAACCUGCGUGUCUCAACUGUCAGAAAAAUGCGGUCGUCUGCGAAGGUUACCCGCCCAAGGAGAUCUGGAAGAGUGGGAGACAGAGGUUGGCUGAUGCUCAAUCCCAGUCCCUUGCAGCCGUGCCGCGCAGUCUACCCCUCCUCAUCGACGGCAUCGAAACGGAAGUCGACCGUCGCUUUUUGGAUCAUUUCGUGUAUGGUUUCAGUCGUGUCCUGACUCUUAUCAAUGAUGAUUCGAAUCCCUUUAAGGAGAUCCUUCUCCCGAUGGCGACCCAGCACCGAGGGCUGAUGCACUCCUUGAUGUGCUUGUCCGGGUCACAUCUCUCAGGGUUGGACCCCGAUAAGAAGCUGAAGGAGCGAAAAUACUUCCACUUCCAUCGUGCCAUUCAAGAUCUGAAAGACAACAUUAAUGCCUCAUCGUCGUCACCGAAGAGCCCAGAUGAGGAAGAGCGACUGCUCGUUGAGGAUCCGAUCAUCGCCUCCACCAUUGCCCUUAGCCUGAACACGAUCUGCGAAGGCGAAACCAACGGCGAAUACCGACCGCACAUGGAUGCCGCCCGAUACCUGCUACUAUCACAGCAGCCUCGAAACGAAAAGUUCCGCCAAUUCAUCGUCGAGUUCUUCCAGUACCACGACGUCUCGAACUCCCUCACCUCCCUCGAUCGCCGCCCCAACCUUUUACACAGCGAGUUUCAUAUACCCGAAUUUGUACCCGGUGCAUCGGCAGGAAUGUUCCUUGGCGUCUUCGACGGGCUGUUCAACUAUAUCUCGCAGGUGACCCAGCUACGCGACCGUAUCCGCGAACGCUUCAACGAAGGCUACGAACCAGCGGUUGACUACCAGACACUGAGCGAGGCCGUCUCUAUCGACACAGCGAUCCGCGGAUGGGAAACCUCUCACGAGCCCGAUACCCCGAACUGGUCUCUGGCCCAGCUAUACCGCCAGUCCACUUGGGUAUAUCUAUACCGCACAAUCCGGCCUUCGCGACCGAGCGAUAAGAUCGCGCAAGUUGUUGACGACGGGCUUAAUUACUUGGACCAGUUGCCACAUGAUUCAGGUGCCUUUAGUAUCGUGCUCAUGCCGCUGUUUCUGCUCGGGUGUUCCGCGUUCCUUCCCGAACAGCGCGAACGAGUCAAACUGGGCUUUGAUAACCUCAAGUCCUACUCCAACCUGCGGAAUAUCGAACCUGCCUUUAAGGUGGUUUCGCGAGUUUGGGAGGUAAUGGAUACCCGGAUGGAGGACAGUUGGGAUUGGGAGAGGAUUAUUCAUGAUAUGAAGAUGGAUUUCUUGAUCACCUGA